AUGGGUUCGGGUUAUAAAGGAAAAAUACCAAGGAAACUACACGCUUUUUGUAUCAGCAUCGUCAAAUGGCUUCCAGUGAUAUUUACUGUGGCUCUUAUAAUAUGGUCCUACUAUGCAUAUGUGUAUCAUUUGUGCUUCCAAAUUGUAACAGACGAUGUAGAAAGAGUGUUAUACCUCAUCGGAUAUCACAUCCUGUUUGCGUUUCUCAUGUGGGCGUACUGCCGAACAAUUUUCACAGAAACUGGCAGAGUUCCUAUGAAGUUCAAACUGCCCAGAGCGGUAUUGCAGAAGUUAGAGGAAUCUGACACUGCAGAGUCUGAGAGAGAGAUUUUGGAGAGAUUUGCUGAGGAUCUUCCCAUAACGAAUCGUACAAUGACAGGAUCAAUCCGCUACUGUGAAAAAUGUGAACAUCUUAAACCAGACCGAGCACAUCAUUGCAGUUCUUGUGGAGAAUGUGUUCUCAAAAUGGACCAUCAUUGCGCACUCCUCAACACAUGUGUGUCAUUUACCAAUUACAAAUUCUUCCUUCUGUUACUGGUAUACAGUCUCCUGUACUACCUCUUCAUAGUAUUAACAACAAUGUUGCCUCUCAUAGAAUGUUUUCAUAGUGGUGGAAGAGGAAUGAAUUGCUUCCACAUUACGAGUAUUUCCUUGUUCUUCUUUGCAGUCAUAUUUGCACUUAUUUUUGUUUGUCCGUUCCGCUUCCACUAUCAUCUUAUGCUCAAAAAUAGGACAACAUUAGAGGCACUGAGAUCACCAAUAUUCCUCAGUGGUGACGAUAAAGAUGGGUUUAAUUUAGGGAAAUACAGAAAUUUCCAAGAAGUCUUUGGAGAGACUAAAAUGACAUGGUUUCUACCAAUUUUUACAAGUUUGGGAGACGGUUCGAGUUUCGCAGUUCGAGCCCAGGAUCAGCUCGGCUCGCGUAACUCCGCGAACAGCGCAGAGACCAGUCUUGACUUUGGUAGGAUAAUCCCUUAG